UUACUCUGCAUCAACAGUUAAGAGUUCAUUGUUUGGCUUUUGAUACUCUCUUUCUAUUUGACUUCGUUGUUGUCUUCCUGAAAAGCUUUACUCUUCACUGCCGGCGAAUGAUUAUGCAAUGCAUUUUUCAUCUCUAAGAGACGUAACAAAAUCUCAAAGGUUUUUCUUUCUUCAUUUCCUCCUUCAAUUAAUCAUAUAUAUUAUUACUCUUAUCUUUUUAUCAUUGCUUCUUAUCAGCCCCCCUCCAAAAAAAAAAAACUCACUAUAAUUUUACUUUCUUCCUUCAAUUUUAUUCUGUGUUCAAGUGUUACUUACCAGAAAAAAAAAAAGAAAAAGUGUAUCCCUUUUUGAUUUUAGAGAGCUUUGUUAUCUCCUCCACUUCAACUCUAUUAGAACUCUUGUUGAACAAUUAUCAGAAUAAUAUUCUGUUGUGUGUUCUGUUUUCAUUUUACAAAGCUCCCUUUCUUGGUUUCUAUUUCUGUCAUAGUACCAAAACUCCCCUUCUAGUCCCAUUAUAUUACAAUAUAAUUCUCUAUAUUCAACCCUGCUUGUCAAAAAAAAAAAAUUUGUAUUCCCUUUCGAUUUUGUCAUCUAAGUGUUUCUUUCCUGUCUUCAUAUCCUCUGCAAAAUAGUAGUACUCUCUUGUUCUAUUUCGAUUUGCAAAGCUCAAAUUCCUCAUUUCCAUUUCGAUUGCUGUAGAAAUUCCUUUUCGUUGUGUUCUAGUCUUUUACAUUUUAAGUUUUCACUAUCCUCAGAAGAAAAACGUGAGAGAAAUGGUCGUGAACUUUGUUCUUCCUGUAGUAAUGAAGAUUGGAGAAUGUCUGGUUGCCCCAGUUGGCCGCCAGUUUGGUUAUUUGAUUUUCUAUGACAGAAACAUUGAAAAUCUCAGAAAGCAAAUCCAAAAGCUUCAAGAUAAAAGAUCCGAUAUACAAGGAGAAGUUGAUGCAGCAAAAAGUAGAAGCGAUAGUAUUAAAACUACCGUUUCACGGUGGUUGACACAGGUGGAUGAACUCAGCAAUGAUGCCAACAAAUUCUUUGAGGAUGAAGUCAUACCGAACAAAGGGUGUCUGAAUGGGUGGUGUCCAAAUCUGAAGUCACGCUACUCAUUGAGCAGGAAAGCUACAAAGAAAACUCAAGGCUUGGAAGAGCUAUUUGGGGAUGGAAAUUUCUCUGGGGUUUCCAUCCCUGCAGUUACAUCUCAUGUGGGGACAACAUUCAUAUCCAUGGGAGGAUUUAACGGGUUUGAAUCUAGAAGGUCGAUUAUGAAUGAAGUUAUGGAGGCACUGACAGAUGAUAGUAUCAAUGUGAUUGGGAUAUGUGGAAUGGGAGGGGUUGGUAAGACAACUAUGGUGAAAGAAGUUGCCAAGAAAGCGGAAGAAAAGAAAAUGUUUGAUAUUAUUGUGAUGGUAGUAGUGUCCCAAAACCCAAACUUGAUUAAUAUUCAAAGUGAGAUUGCCAAAAUAUUGGAUUUAAAAAAUUUUGAGGGAAACAAUUUACCUACAGGAGCGGGGGAGAUACGAUCAAAAAUAUUGAAAAGUGGGAGAGUCCUUGUAAUAUUGGAUGAUGUUUGGGACAUACUAGAGCUGAAUGAGAUUGGAAUUCCAUUUGGAGAUGAUUGCAAAAGUUGCAAAAUUGUGUUGACUUCGAGAAGUGAAGAUGUAUGCAACAGCAUGAACACACAAAAGAAUUUUAUGGUUCCUGUCUUACCUGAAGAAGAAGCGUGGAAUCUGUUCAAGGAGAAGGCUGCAAUUCCGUACAACGAUAUGGGUCAUACAAUUGAUUUCCAGUCGACACAGAUGGCAGUUGCAAAGGAAUGUGGAGGUCUGCCCAUUUCAAUCGUUACAGUUGGGAGGGCACUCAAAGGUAAAGGCAAGCCUUCAUGGGAUUCUGCUCUUGAACAAUUACGGAAGUCUAUAGUUAAUAACAUCAAGGGAGUGUAUGACAAGGUGAUUAAAUCUUUGGAGUUGAGUUACAAUUUCUUAGAAAGUAAGGAAGCCAAGAAAUGCUUUUUGCUAUGUUCUUUAUAUCCAGAAGAUUUUGCUAUUCCAAUUGAAGAUCUCGUUAGAUAUGCAAUUGGGAUAGAGUUGUUUGAGCGCAUUGAUAGUGUGAAUCAAGCAAGAAAUAGAGUAUAUUCCGUAGUUGAUGACUUAAAAAAAUGCUAUCUAUUGAUGGAAAGUGAAAAAGUAGAGUGUAUCAAAAUGCAUGAUGUCAUACGUGAUGUGGCUAUAUCAAUCGCAUCUAGGGAGGAGCAUUCGAUUGUCGUGAGAUGUGAUGAAGUAUUGAUAGAAUGGCCCAAGAAAGACCGACUCGAAAAAAAUGCUAUAAUUUCAUUAAAAGUUGAUGGUAUGCAUGGGCUUCCUGGUAAUUUAGAAUUUCCAAAUCUCCAUCUUCUAAAGCUAGAUUGCAAUGCUGGAUUACCACCAAUCUCGUUCGAUGAUCUCAACAAAGGAAUGGAGGAAGUCAAAGUACAAGAGACCCAAGAUAGUUUUUACCAAGGAAUGAAAGAACUUAAAGUGCUAGCUUUAUCCGAUAUGUACGGCUCAUUGCCGACAUCACUUCGAUGCUUGACCAACCUCCGAACCUUGUCACUUUUUCAUUGCCGACUUAUUGAUGAUGGUAUCUCUGUUAUCGGAGCAUUAGAGAACCUGGAAAUUUUGAGGUUUGGCGACUCUUAUAUCAAGGAAUUGCCAAAAGAAAUAAUAGGUCACCGUGCUCACUUGAAGGUACUUGAUUUGUUGGGAUGUGUAGUGGAAAGGAUUUACCCAGGGGUUUUGUCUAGCUUAUCAAAGCUAGAAGAGUUGUAUGUUGGGUCUAUAUUUCGAAGUUGGUGUGAAGUUGAAGAAAGCAAAGAAGGUGCUAAAGCAAUUAUCGAUGAGCUGGCGUCCUUGUCCAAUUUGGUGGCACUGGAUAUUGCUCUAAUAAACAUUUCCUUCUGGCCGAGAGGUUUGGUCAUUGAGAAGUUAAAAAAGUUCAAUAUACGUGUUGGCAUUUCCUAUAGCUAUAUCCCUGUCCGUUUUUCGUUAUCAAAUCGGUUGGUGCUCGAAGUUGAAAACAUGAGUGACAUUAUUGAAACAAGGCUUAAUUUUCUGUGGAAGAGCACUGAAAUUCUGAUUUUAAACUCAAGUGUAAAAGGUUUGAAAAUUCUCUGUGAUUUGGUCGGCGAAGGUGGUUUUGAAUGCUUAACUUAUUUGUCACUAUCUAAGUUGUAUGAUUUGGAAUACCUCAUCAAUACAGCAGAUGGGGUUCCGCAGAGUGCUUUCCCUGUGUUAGAUUAUAUAUGGCUUUAUGGUUUGGAUAAUUUCAAAGGGAUUACUAGUCAUGAAAGCCGACUAUCGAACAAGGCUUUGUGGAAGGGUCCCACCCAACUUGUAUGGUUCGGCAACCUGACGUCUGUAGAAGUGGUGGGUUGUGAUAUACUAGAAAGUAUGUUCUCACUUUCCAUAGCUAGAGAUCUAGUGCAACUGCAGGACCUUGAGAUAAUUCAGUGUCCUAUGAUGAAAGAAAUUGUUUCGAGUGAAGCAGUAGAGCAUGAAAUAGCAGCAAUAGCAACAGAUAAAAUCGAGUUUCCUAAACUAAAGAUAUUGGAUCUUGAAUUGCUGCCAAGUUUGACUGCUAUCUGCAAAGCUAUGAAUGCAAUUGAGCUGCCACAACUGAGUUCCUUGUCACUAUCGAAUAUGCCAAAGCUGAAGCGUCUCUGUCCUGCUUCAGAUUCAGAGAGUAAUUGUGAUCCCAUCAUUCAACCCCUCUUCAACGACAAGGAUAAAUUGGCUACCAUUGAAGAAUUGACCAUCCGUGGCAUGGAGAAUCUGAUGGAAAUUUGGCCUGGGGAACUUGAAGCUAAACUAAGAAAGAUGACAUUAGCUUGGUGUCAUAAGCUCUCAAGUAUUCUUUUCCCAUCCAAUUCAAUUAAGGGCAUGCAAAAUCUUGAAGUACUGGAAGUGAAGGACUGUCGAUCAAUUGGAGUAGCCUUUGACCUUGAAGGACUUGUUUGGGAAGGCAUGUUAGACAUGGCACUCCCUUCAUUAAAAAAGGUGGAACUACGCCAUCUACAAAAGUUGACACAUGUUUGGAAGGACAAUUCACCAGGAAUUCAAGGCUUUCAGAAUCUAAGAUCCUUAGUAGUAAAUGAGUGCGAUAGUUUGAGAAAUCUAUUCUCAUACUCUCUAGCCAAACUUCUUGUAAAACUACAAGAAAUAGAGGUAACUGAAUGUGGUAUGAUGGAGUCAAUCAUUGGAAAUGAAACAAAUGCAGGUGAUGUAGUGAUAACAAAUAUGAUCAUGUUCCCUCAACUGAGUAGUCUCAAACUCAAUAAUUUGCCAAACCUUACUAGUUUCUGCUUUGAGCCUUGUACGUUUGAGGGAUCGUUGUUGAAAACAAUAGAAGUAAUCAACUGUCCCAAAAUGAAGAUACUCCCAUCAGCAUUUCAGCGUAAACUAGACCAACAAAAGGCAGACUUUUCAACCUCAUCUCCACACCAUCUCUUGGAUGGAAAGUUUAUUUUCAGUGACUGGUUUCCGUACGACUUUGGAAAACUUGCUAUCACAGACAUAAAUGGAUCAAUAGAGAUGUGGCACAACCAACAUGACCAAGUGAAAUUCAUGUUGGUCCAAUUUUGCGGGAAAUUAUCAUAUGUGAUCUCGUGGAAUUUAAUACAAAGACUACAAUAUCUACAACGGCUGAAGGUAUGGUAUUGUGAUUCACUGGAAACAAUAUUUGACCUCCAAGGGUCGGUACGCGUUGGUACUACUGGUGUGGAAUCAAUCGUUUGCCUAGGAGAUUUGAAAUUGAUGUAUUUGCCCAAGUUGAUGCAUAUAUGGAAGAAUGUUUCCCAACAAACUCAUUGUUUCAAAUGUCUAAAAUCCCUAGAAGUGGAGAGGUGUGACAACUUGAGAUAUCUAUUCACAAUUUCCAUGGUCAAGGUCCUUGAGUGUCUAAAUUAUCUAAGAAUUGGAAAUUGCGAGAAAGUAGAAAAGAUUGUCACCAGGGAAGCAGAAAAAGAAGAAUUAUGGAGCAAAAUCAAUAUUUUGAAUGUGGAACUUGAAAAUCUUCCAAGUCUCGUGUGUAUUGGAAUUCCAUAAUCCCAAAUUCAUAUCUCCGAAUUGCGUGUAGAUUUCUGCCCCAAGUAUCGAGGUUUUGAUGUGGAAGGGGAGUAAUAUUUACCAUUUGCUGCGGUGCAUCGCCAAUCUCUUUACAGAAAAGGUGAUUUAUUGGGUAUGCUUUUCUUAAUAAAGAAGUUGGAGAAAUAGAUAUUGGCCCUAUUUAUGAAGAAACCAAGGCUACAAGGUGUUCUUAUAUAUGAAGAAUUGUUUAGUUGUUGGGAUUACAUUUUAUCUAUUGUUGGGUUUGUAUAAAUUACGUUUCAUCUCAUUGGUCGGGUUGAUUGUGCUGGCAUAGCUUUCUCUGUUGUGGUAUAAUUGGAUUGACUUUAUCAUAAACCAUGUAAUAAUUUGUGUGUGAAUUUGAUAAGUGUGCUUUGUGUCACAGUUUUUAACUCUGACCUUAAGUUCUUAGUCUCAGUUUUUAUAAUAAAAAAAGCGUGAUGUGAGUGUGACUAUUUGUCUGUAAAAGAUCUUGCUUUUUAUGAGAAAGCGUGAUUGUUUAUUGGGUGCAAA